UUAUUACGGAUUUUGAAAAUGCAAUGGUUGUAGCAGCGCAAAAUGUCUUCCAUGAUGCUCACGUGACUGGUUGUUACUUUCGAUUCGCUCAGACAUUAUUUAAAAAAUGGACUGAAUAUAAUCUUGGAGUUAUUUAUGGAAAUGAAAAAAGUCAAGCUGGAAAUAUUGCGAGGAUGACAUUUCGGUUUUUUAAUUUUUUAAAUUUAAUGUGGGGUAACUUGAGUGGUUUUUUUUUGUUUUUAUUUGGCGACUUAUCCACACGUUGCUCUCUAGUUUGAAUUAGAGACCGGAUGAAGGGGGCGUAUGAGAAUCG